CGUCUCUUGACGUCAAUUGACGUCAAAAUGACGAGUGCUUGCUACCUGGGUUGUUAUUUGAUCCUUUAAUAGCAGUUGUUUUGAACGCUAAAAAACUUAUUGAAGAAAAUAAUAAAAGCAAAAAACAAAUUGACGAGGAAGAUAUAAAAAGCAAAGAAAACGUUGGUGAGUUAGUAAGCGAUAAUUCUUUCAAUUUGAGAGAGAAAUACUCUCAAGACUUAGAUACCAUUACUAAUCAGGAAAGAAUGUUUGCUGCUUUGGAAGAAGGAAAUCCAGAAAACUUAAAGGAUUGUCUCAAAAAAGGUGCAGAUAUUAAUGCUAGAAGUAAUAAUUCAUGGACCACGUUACAUUUUGCUGCUAAGGGAUCCACUCCUGAAGUUAUAGAAUUUAUUCUUGAUCAAAAUUUAAGCGAUAAUGUGAAAGAUAUUAAUGGUCAAAGUCCAUUGCAUAUUGCUGCUGAGCAUGGAAGGAAUAAUAUUGUAGAAUUUUUUAUAAAGAAAGGUUUAUAUAUUGAUGAUUUAGAUAACAGUGGCAAAACGCCAUUACAUGUUGCUGCUCAAAACGGGCACGAGAAAACUGUCGUAGUUUUAUUAAAUAAUAAGGAAGCACAUACUAUUGCUCGAGAUAAAAUUGGUCUUUCACCUUUACACUAUGCAAUAAUAAAUAAUCAUAUAGGUGUUACUGAGAUUUUAUUGGAAAAAACUGAAAUAGUUAUCUUAACCCCGUUGCACGCAACUGCACAGAGAGGUUAUCUAGAGUUAGUUGAAGUCUUGCUUGCAAAUGAGGCAAAUGUUAACGUUAUAACUGAAGAUUUGACACCGUUACAUUUAGCCGCAUUAAAUGGCUAUUUGAAAGUAGUACGUGUUUUAAUCGAAAAAGGAGCUCAUGUUGACGCUAGUGGAAUAAGUGGUUUUACAUCAUUACACUGUGCAGUAGAUAAGGGUCAUGCAAAGAUAGUUAAUAUUUUAUUGAAGAAUGGAGCUAAUGUUAAUGCUGUUGACAAACCCGAUAAUAGUACAUCUUUGCACUAUGCAGCAAAAGAUGGGCACGAGGAAAUAGUUAAGACUCUACUGGAAAAUAAUGCCAUCGCUAGUAUUGCCACUGUUACAGGUGUGACUCCAUUGCAUUUUGCUGCCCAGAAUGGUCAUCUAGGAAUAGUUGUUGCUCUACUUAAACAUAGUGUUGACAUUUGUGCUAAAGAUUGAAAUAACAUUACACCAUUAUAUUGUGCAGCAAAAAGUGGUCAUAAGGAAAUUUCUGAAUUUUUAAUAGAAAGAGGAGCAGAAAUUAAUGCCAAA